GCUGGAAAGCAGUAGAGUAGUCAGAAAUAUCUUGUUGUCUGAGGUGCGGAAUAUUGUUCGGUCGUGCACCCUCUUUCUGGAAUUGGUGGUUGGGAAGCUCGCCACUACCCUUGCAGUAGGCUGCCGGACCCGGAACGAGCGCAACGUAGCCGCAGCUGUUGCUUGCCGUAUACGACGGCUUCGCGAACUUAGACUCCACGAUGGAGUCCACGUCCGUCGGCUUCGCGUACUGAGAUCCCACGCCAGAGUCCACAUCUAUCUCCUCUUGGUCCGCCCGGGUCAAAGCUGGUCUAUACUCAGAUGCUGUCCACCCAACACUGGCCGCCUCAUCGUUACAGUCCACGAUACCCUUCCAAAAAGUCACUGCUGCUGCUCCUUUACACGCCUCCACGUCGUUUCAUCACGGAGCGUUCCGGUCAAGCGGACACGGAGAUCGCUGACGUGACUCAGGAUCUGCACCCCCCGGACGUCCACCCCGAAGACAUCGCCAUCGGCGCGCAGUAA